AUGGAAGCAAUUAUGAGUCAAUAUAACAGCUUAUUGAUGCAGCCAGAACCUUCAUUUAUGAUUUCUAUAGCAAAUAACGACUAUUCUAGAUGGAAUUGUGUAAUGGAAGGGCCUCCGGAUACUCCAUAUGCAGGCGGGAUAUUCCAUUUUACAAUGGAUCUUGCAAAUUAUCCUAAUACAUGCCCAGUAAUUGUAUAGCGCUUGCACACAUUUAGCGUCCUAACUCUAUCUCUGUUACUUGGAUCAGAAAAGUUACUUAAAAUUUGCAAACACUGAUUCUUUUUCAUAUUUGCAAACUUGGAGUCACCUUUAGGUGGCUUGUCAGACUCCAAGUUAUAGCGAAAAAGUUAGUGUGAGAUCAUGCUAAAUACGUGCAAACACUAUAUUUCAAACACCUAUUUACCACCCAAACAUAAGUCCUGAAGGAGGGAUGUGCUGAGAUCUUUAUUAUGGAAAAUGGAUAAGAACAAUCCCAAUUCGCAUUGUUUUUACAUAUUUGAUUGGCUUGCUUGCUAACCCAACUUCUCAUCAAAACUCUUUACAAGAAGCUGACAAUUUACUGAAGACCAAUCGAGAAAUGUUUAAUUUAAGAGCAAGGGAAUAUACACAAAGAUAUGCAAAAUAA